AUGGGCCGCGUCCUGAGAGUUGGCGUCAUUCCUCCGUACCGCUGCCGCGUGUCCGGCAAUUCGCGUUCGGAGCAGUCUUCCAGUUUUUUCGACGUAGUUGCUUUGUCCGCAACUGCACCAGAUCCGGUAAACGACUCCAGAUGUUUCAUGCCGUGGCAGCGGGUCUUUUGGUCUCAUCACCUGACGCCUCAUGGUGGCCUCCGGUCUGUGUGCAACUCCAACCCCAAGAAGUGCAAGAGGGCGGUUAACGGCCUCGGAGACUUUCUUGAUGUACGGAAUCGCUCGCCAGAAUUUAGGGUCGGCAUGGUUUUGUCGCUCGUCUCGUUUGCGCAUUCAUCGGUUGACGAAGUUGCUCGAAUUGCCGAACACGCGGCAGCGGUACGGAGGAAUGACGCCAACUCUCAGGUCGCGGCCCAUUCGACGAAACCCGGCCACACAUUCAAGUUCGAUGGGGCCGAAAUUCUCGCGAGAGGGGAUAAUCGUGUGAACCACGAGUUGUUUGAGUCAUGGUUUACGGGACCUCAAUCUAUCAACAAGUGCAACGACAUGCCCACUGCGAACUCCGUGCUGAGGCAUAGGCUGGCCAAGGUACUUGACCACUCGGGGCGCGCGCAAGCCGGUGAGCCAGAUGACCGAGAAAUCAUCACGCCAGCAUCCAACACGGAUGAUGACAUUUCGGUAAUUAACAACUUGCAUGCCGGCCAGCUAGCAAUUAGCGCACCGGUGGGCAACGAUCCUUCAUGA